AAAUUGUUGUAUCGGUUUAGUUUGCUGGUGUUUAAGUAAAUAGUCUGUUUAACUGCCGUGAGUUUUUAUCUGUUAUAAAUCAACGAAAAUGGCCCCGAUUCUUGGCUAUUGGAAUCUUCGAGCGCUUGUUGAGCCCAUUGUGUUGACACUGAAACAAGCUAAACAGCCAUACGAGUACAAGACUUACAAACUUGGUGGUGCUCCAGAUUACGAUAAAUCCGAAUGGCUCAAAGAGAAGGAGAAUUUAGGUCUUGAAUACCCGAAUUUACCUUAUUAUAUUGAUGGAGACCUUAAAAUUACUCAGACUUUGGCGAUUCUACGAUAUUUGGGUCGAAAACAUGAUUUAGGACCCAAAGGAGAAGAGGAAACAAUUCGUUCUGAUUUAAUCGAACAGGGUGUCAUGGAGAUGCUUUUAUCCUUAUUCAGAGCUUGGUAUGCUGAUAAUGAUCAAUUCUAUGAAGCAAAUAUCAUUAAGCUAGUUCCAUACUUGGAACAGAAACUCGAACAUACUUCAAAAGUUCUUGGAUCGAAUCAAUUUCUUCUUGGAGAUCGAGUCACUUACAAUGAUUUCCUUUUGUACUCGACAUUAGACUACAUAAGACUCUUCAAAUGUUCACUACUUGAUCCACAUCAAGGCUUAAAAGAUUAUCUUGACAGAAUCGAAGCUCUUCCAGAAAUCGAGCCAUAUUUUAAAGACGAAAAUUUCAAACGAUUUCCUAUCACCGGAUCAAUGGCUAAGUUUGGAAGCGGAAAUUAGUUAUAAACUUUUGAUAAAUUCGUAAAUGACUUCGAUUAAAUAAUUAUGUCAAUGAAUUAAAGUACUAUUAAGCUUUA